CGCGUGAUCCCGGUGGAGUCGACAACAGGGCAGGAGCUCUCUCUCUCUCUCUCUGCCUGGCCCUUAUCUGACCACCACUCCAUGCACCGUGGGUGCCUCCCUCCUCUUCCCGCAUGACUUAGUCACUCCUCCUCCAACGGACUGCCUCCCGUCAAGGCGCCUUUAGUGAACAAUGGCGGCCACGCUUCUCAUCCGACCCCAUUCCGCGAGGCCCGGGCAAUUCAGCCGAGCAGCCUUGAGCGCAACGCUUCUCACCUCUCGUCGUCAAAGCACUCUACGCAACUUCCUCGUCACCCCGGCAGAACUGCGCGAAGCUCUCCGCAAAGGUGCACCUAGCGGAAUCUCGCCCGACCCCAAGACCAUUGCCGUAUGCGCAUCAUGGUUCCUGCCCAACGAUCCCCAUAAGCGCACGGGGUAUGAAGUCUACAAGCAGGCUCAUAUCAAACGCGCGCGCUUCUUCGAUCUCGACAAAGUCGCCGACACCUCCAGCCCAUACCCGCACAUGCUGCCUUCUCCGGAAGUCUUCCAAGAGGCCAUGUGCAACCUGGGCAUCAAUCGCGAGGAUACAGUGGUCGUCUACGACUCCGCCGAGCUGGGCAUCUUCUCCGCGCCCCGCGUGGCUUGGACCUUCAAAGCAUUUGGACACCCUGCCGUGCACAUCCUGAACAACUUCAAGCUAUGGCUGAAAGAGAAGUAUCCGAUCGAGCAGGGCGAGCAGAGACGCUUCAAUCGCACGGAAUACCCCGUGCCGACGCUCGAUGAGAGCAAGAUAGCAGACUAUGAGCAAGUGAGGGUCGUUGCCAGGGACCACAACAAAGAAGGGAGGGAGGAGAUGCAGAUCCUCGAUGCACGCCCGGCCGGGCGGUUCAAUGGCACCGACCCCGAACCGCGCCCAGGUCUCGAGUCUGGGCACAUCCCAGGCUCCAUCUCCGUCCCCUUUCCCGACCUUCUCGACCCGAAAACCAAAGCCAUGCUGCCUCCCGAAGACCUUCGCAAGCUCUUUGAGAGCAAAGGAAUCAAUCCAAAUCAGCCAAUCAUCUCGAGCUGCGGCACUGGCGUCACAGCAGCCGUUCUUGACACCGCAUUAAUCCAAGCAGGAUUUGGGAAGGGUGUACGGCAGGUGUACGACGGAAGCUGGACCGAAUGGGCGCAACGAGUGGCGCCAUCCGACAACUUCAUCGUCAAGUCCGAGUAGGACGAGAAUUCGUUGUAUUUUCGGCACUGAAAGCGCAUGGUCCACGCGCAAGGUCGCAGAUUUCCGCAGGUCUAGGGGAUCCGCGCGU